CUUCCUCCUCUUCGGAUACGAUCAGGGGUAUGUUUGCCCCUGGUGAUUAUGUUUUCAUUCAGAGCUUCCCCCUUUCAUCACCAACCGGUCUUAACCCACCACCCCUCUUAGUGUCAUGAGUGGUAUCAUUACCGCCCCUGCUUUCAACGAUGUGUUCACAGCGACCAAGGACAACCCGACCAUGCAGGGGUUGGUCACGGCCAUCUACGAACUUGGCUGUCUGGCGGGUGCCAUGACCAUUCUGGGCGUUGGCGACCUCCUCGGGCGACGGAGGGCAAUCAUGACGGGAGCUUUCGUGAUGUUUUUGGGCGUCAUCAUCCAGAUCACCGCCUUCCCUGGGUCGGCGCCCCUCGCCCAACUGAUCGUCGGGCGAGUCGUCAUGGGCUUCGGCAACGGCAUGAACACUUCGACUAUUCCCACAUAUCAAGCCGAGUGCAGCAAGACGACCAACCGAGGACUGCUGAUCUGCAUUGAGGGCGGUGUCAUCGCCUUCGGUACUCUGAUUGCGUACUGGAUCGAUUAUGGCGCUUCAUACGGUCCGCCCGACCUCGUCUGGCGGUUUCCCAUCGCCUUCCAGAUCAUCUUCGCCAUCUUCAUCACCGGCCCCAUGUUCUUCCUGCCGGAGUCUCCCCGAUGGCUCCUGAGUCACCAGCGGGUCGAGGAGGCCGACAAGGUCAUCGCGGCCAUUCGCGGGUACGAACUGGACAGCGACGAGACCGUUCUCGAGCGGAACCUCAUCAUGGACUCUCUCCGCGCCGCUGGCGGCUUCGGCCAGAAGAGCACUCCGGUCAAGGCCCUGUUCACCAACGGGAAGACGCAGCACUUCCGGCGCAUGCUCCUGGGCGCCAGCUCCCAGCUCAUGCAGCAGAUCGGCGGCUGCAACGCCGUCAUCUACUACUUCCCCAUCCUCUUCCGCGAGUCCAUCAAGGAGAGCCGCAACAUGAGUCUCCUGCUGGGCGGCGUCAACAUGAUCGUCUACUCCAUCUUCGCCACCACCUCGUGGUUCCUCAUCGAGCGCGUGGGCCGCCGGCGUCUGUUCCUGGCCGGCUCGGUCGGCCAGUGCCUCAGCAUGGUCAUCACGUUCGCCUGCCUGAUCCCCGACGACCGGAUGACGGCCCGCGGCGCCGCCGUCGGCCUCUUCACCUACAUCGCCUUCUUCGGCGCCACCUGGCUGCCACUGCCCUGGCUCUACCCGGCCGAGGUGAACCCGGUCAAGACGCGCGGCAAGGCCAACGCGGUCAGCACGUGCGUCAACUGGCUCUUCAACUUCCUCGUCGUCAUGGUCACGCCCAUCAUGAUCGACAGCAUCGGCUGGGGCACCUACCUCUUCUUCGCCGCCGUCAACGCCUGCUUCAUCCCCAUCAUCUACUUCUUCUACCCGGAGACGGCCCGCCGCUCGCUCGAGGAGAUCGACAUCAUCUUCGCCAAGGGCCACGUCGAGAACAUGUCGUACGUCCGCGCCGCCAAGGAGCUGCCCUCCCUCCGCCCCGUCGAGAUCCAGGAGUACGCCCGCAAGUACGGCCUCGUCGACCGCAACGCCGGCGACGGCGCCGCCCGCGACGACGCCCGCGACCCCGAGGAGAAGCCCGCCAUCAUCAGCGCCGGGCCCUCCUCCUCCUCCAACACCAGCAACGACAACGUCGUCGUCGACGAGCACGGCGUCGAGUCCGGCUUGGGCGACGGCAUCAACACUUCCGAGAAGGCGGAUCGAGACUAAAAAUCGAUCUUUGGGUUCGAGUCGCAUAGCUCUAAUUAGAUUCGGAGAAGAGGGAGGCCAUUUGGCAUGAUGAUUCCCUGAGACCCUCGGGACAAUUUUGAAGCCUGGACGGCUGCAGAAUACUGGGUCAUUUUUUUGAUUGGCUCUUUUUUCCUUCCCAUUUUUUUUCUUUCUGCCCUUUUCGCUUCUGUUUCUUGGUAUUGGUGCUGUUUUAAGGGUUCCUGUUGCGGUGCAACACAUGGAAAAACGGAUGCGGGCGGCCAUGUGCAUAUUGGUGCGUGUAAUUACACAAUGAUAGAGAGAGCAGGAUACCCAUGGAUUUGAUGAUGUGGUUUAGAAGCGGUCACAGAUAGAUGGCUCAUUAGAACUAGAAAUCUCUCUUAGAGUGCAUCAUUGACCUUGCCAUUACAGUAUCGCCGUG